AUGGCAUCACGGUGGGCAAAUGAUGAAGCAGACAAAGCCGAGGAAGCGCGUCGGAAGAAAGAGAAAGAAGAGAAGAAACGCCUGAAGCUUCAAAAACAGCAAGAGGCGGAAGCAGCCUUACGAGUAACGCAAGAGGCGGAAUCGAGACCUGCAAAGCGCAGGAGAUUAUCAACAGGCGACGAUGACGAGGGAGCCGCAAAGCCCAAAGAAGAGAAUGAAAGAAAGCUCCUACGAUUUGAAGGCGGAAGUUGGAACCCUUGUCGACAUACGUCCAACUUCGAGACCCUCAAUCAGAUCGAGGAAGGCUCAUACGGCUGGGUCUCACGAGCGCGCGAUAUCACUACAGGCUCUGUAGUCGCCCACAAAAAGGUCAAAAUGGACUACAACCAAGACGGUUUUCCUAUCACCGCACUGCGAGAAAUUUCUAUCCUGCAACGUUGUCGACAUACCAACAUCGUCGAUCUACUGGAGGUCUUAUCUGGUGAAGACCCGCAAGAAUGUAUUUUGGUCAUGGACUUCCUCGAACAUGACCUAAAGACACUACAGGAAGACAUGAGUGAGCCGUUCAUGGCAAGUGAAGUCAAGACAUUGCUACGACAGCUGGUCUCUGGCGUCGGUUAUCUGCAUGAGAACUUCAUCAUGCACCGCGAUCUGAAGACAUCAAACAUCCUACUCAACAACCGUGGCCAGCUCAAGCUUGCAGACUUCGGUAUGGCACGAUAUAUUCCGCCUGCAAAUGCCCCUCUCACACAACUGGUCGUCACACUAUGGUAUCGCGCACCUGAACUCCUACUAGGGACUCGAGAUUACGGAACGGAAGUCGACAUGUGGAGCGUAGGCUGCAUAUUCGGCGAACUACUUGCAAAAGAGCCGUUACUACAAGGAAAGAACGAAGUCGACGAGCUCUCACUCGUCUUCUCCCUUUGCGGUCUCCCAUCAGAGAAGUCUUGGCCACAAUUCUACCGCCUGCCCAACUCCAAAUCACUAAAGCUACCGCGCGACCACCGCAACGCCCCAGGCUUUAACCGUGCGAAAUUUCCCUUCUUGACAGCUUCUGGCAUCGAACUCCUCUCUUCGUUGCUAUCCCUGAAUCCAGACCAUAGGCCUACAGCGAAAGAAGUACUGGAGCAUCCUUACUUCAGAGAGCAACCCAAGCCGAAACCGACCGAGAUGUUUCCUACGUUUCCAAGCAAGGCAGGGCAGGAGAGGAGAAGGAAGAAGAGUCCGAAUGCGCCAAAGAGAGGAGAGGCGCCCGGAAUGCAGGGGAAUGUGGACUUUAGUAGUAUUUUCAAGGGAAGAGAGGAAGAAGAGAAGGGAGCAGGAUUUCACGACUGUAAGAAGAGCGCGAUAGGCUUCGUCGUGGUGACCGGCUGCGAGAUCGUGUGUACGACCGUGGCCGUCCUCCGUAGCCCCCUCGUCCACCACGGCCACCUCCACCUCUGCCCCGACCCCAGUGUCCUCGAUCGGGCGACAUUCGACGUGGUGGAGAGCGAUAACCUUCGUCGCCCAUUGCGCCUUGGAGACGGUGAUGUCGGCGAGCGCGAUCGAGUAAUUGAACGAGACCGUGUAGGCGAACGAGGGGUUACAGAGCGCCGCGGCGAGCCUGAUUGCGCCGACCGAGGGCAGCUGGGUGAUCUUGUAUGCGACGGGUCGCGGGAAGGGCUGCGCGUGCGCGAGCGUGCGGGAGAUGGAGAACGAGAUGGCAUGUCUUGGCUGUCGCGCAAAUGCAGUCGUGGUAGUGUCUUACGGAACGUGGGCCCUGGAGCGAUGACAUAG